AUGAGAGCCCCGUGGCUCGUCCUGCUUCUCGUGCAGAUCCUGCCGCCGUUGUCGCUCCUCAGGGAGGCGUUGUGUCACCGUAAUGACAGCGACUUAAGUGCCAGCACCACCGUCACCACCGGCCAGAGGUCAAGAGAGACUUCGUCCAGACGCAGACGGGAACUUGCUUUUCCGAAGGGGAGCGCCUUCGUGGUAACCCUGACUCUUCUGAAGUCUAUCCAGAUUACCGAGCCCAGUGACUGGAACCUCGAUAUGGAAUUUGAUAUGAUCUGGCCUAUACCGAGUCGCGAGGAUCUGAGGAGAACCGUGCUUGGGAGGCCGGUCAAGCUGAAACGACGGCACCGGCGUGAGCUCUAUGCGAAUUUUGAAUCGGCCUUGGACAGCCGAAACUUGCCAGGACGAACGUGCAUUCUUCGAGCGAUAUGCGAGGUCAAGACGGUGCUGAGUCCUCCGGGAUUCUCGCUGAUCGAAGACGCCAUACGUGUUGUAUUGAGGUAUGAUAAUGAAAGUUCCAGUACAAAAAUUAUUGUCACGACUAAUGAGAAUGCGUUAAUAUUGGACAAUAACUGGACGGGAAAUCGCAUACAUUUCUACCAGGGCUGUAACGACAUGUUACCUUUUGUGAAUCUCGAGGACGCGGACGAGUGCGAUUGCUACGACGUGGCGUAUCGGACGAGAGCCGAUUGCGAGGUCGCCUACCCCUGUCCGUUCUCGCUGUUGAGAUUGCUGUUGUACAAUUUGUACACGCAGGAACCAUGA